CCACUCCUGCAGCAGCUGUCACAACCACCACUACUGCAGCAGCUGUCACAACCACCACUCCUGCAGCAGCUGUUACCACCUCCACUCCUGUUGUUGCAUCAACUGACCCUCCAUCUUCUAGUGAAGGAAUCCUGAGUCUUCGGUUCAGUCUCGACCAGCCGUUCAACUCAAAUCUUUCCAACCGGUCAUCUUCAGAGUUCAAGACUCUGUCUGCCAACGUGGUCACUAAUGUGAACAAGGCUUAUGCUGGGACCCCAGGCUUCAAUCGUUCUAUUGUCAACUCAUUCAGGAAUGGAUCUGUAGUUACCGACAUGACCCUCGUGUUCGACAAGCAGUCUUCGGUUCCCAGCUCAAGCAGCGCACAGACAAUUCUCACCAACAGUUCCACCUCCCUGAACAUUCUACCAGGCAGCAUCAGGGUUGAUGUUGCCACAACCACUCCUGCAGCAGCUGUUACCACCACCACUCCUGCAGCAGCUGUUACCACCACCACUCCUGCAGCAGCUGUCACCACCACCACUCCUGCAGCAGCUGUCACAACCACCACUCCUGCAGCAGCUGUCACAACCACCACUCCUGCAGCAGCUGUUACCACCUCCACUCCUGCUGUCGCAUCAACUGACCCUCCAUCUUCUAGUGAAGGAAUCCUGAGUCUUCGGUUCAGUCUCGACCAGCCGUUCAACUCAAAUCUUUCCAACCGGUCAUCUUCAGAGUUCAAGACUCUGUCUGCCAACGUGGUCUCUAACGUGAACAAGGUUUAUGCUAAGACCCCAGGCUUCCGUCGUUCCAUUGUCAACUCAUUCAGGAAUGGGAGUGGAUCUGUAAUUACCGACAUGACCCUCGUGUUCGACAAGCAGUCUUCGGUUGCCAGCUCAAGCAACGCACAGACAAUUCUCACCAACAGUUCCACCUCCCUGAACAUUCUACCAGGCAGUAUCAGGGAUGAUGUUGCCACAACCACUCCUGCAGCAGCUGUUACCACCACCACUCCUGCAGCAGCUGUUACCACCACCACUCCUGCAGCAGCUGUCACCACCACCACUCCUGCAGCAGCUGUUACCACCACCACUCCUGCUGUCGCAUCAACUGACCCUCCAUCUUCUAGUGAAGGAAUCCUGAGUCUUCGGUUCAGUCUCAACCAGACGUUCAACUCAGAUCUUUCCAACCCGUCCUCUUCAGCAUUCAAGACUCUGUCUGCCAACGUGGUCACUAACGUGAACAAGGUUUAUGCUGGGACCCCAGGCUUCAAUCGUUCUAUUGUCAACUCAUUCAGGAAUGGAUCUGUAGUUACCGACAUGACCCUCGUGUUCGACAAGCAGUCUUCGGUUCCCAGCUCAAGCAGCGCACAGACAAUUCUCACCAACAGUUCCACCUCCCUGAACAUUCUACCAGGCAGCAUCAGGGUUGAUGUUGCCACAACCACUCCUGCAGCAGCUGUUACCACCACCACUCCUGCAGCAGCUGUUACCACCACCACUCCUGCAGCAGCUGUCACCACCACCACUCCUGCAGCAGCUGUCACAACCACCACUCCUGCAGCAGCUGUCACAACCACCACUCCUGCAGCAGCUGUUACCACCACCACUCCUGCUGUCGCAUCAACUGACCCUCCAUCUUCUAGUGAAGGAAUCCUGAGUCUUCGGUUCAGUCUCAACCAGACGUUCAACUCAAAUCUUUCCAACCGGUCAUCUUCAGAGUUCAAGACUCUGUCUGCCAACGUGGUCACUAAUGUGAACAAGGUUUAUGCUGGGACGCCAGGAUUCAAUCGUUCUAUUGUCAACUCAUUCAGGAAUGGAUCUGUAGUUACCGACAUGACCCUCGUGUUCGACAAGCAGUCUUCGGUUCCCAGCUCAAGCAGCGCACAGACAAUUCUCACCAACAGUUCCACCUCCCUGAACAUUCUACCAGGCAGCAUCAGGGUUGAUGUUGCCACAACCACUCCUGCAGCAGCUGUUACCACCACCACUCCUGCAGCAGCUGUUACCACCACCACUCCUGCAGCAGCUGUCACCACCACCACUCCUGCAGCAGCUGUCACAACCACCACUCCUGCAGCAGCUGUCACAACCACCACUCCUGCAGCAGCUGUUACCACCACCACUCCUGCUGUCGCAUCAACUGACCCUCCAUCUUCUAGUGAAGGAAUCCUGAGUCUUCGGUUCAGUCUCAACCAGACGUUCAACUCAGAUCUUUCCAACCCGUCCUCUUCAGCAUUCAAGACUCUGUCUACCAACGUGGUCACUAACGUGAACACGGUUUUUGCUGGGACGGCAGGCUUCCGUCGUUCCAUUGUCAACUCAUUCAGGAGUGGAUCUGUAGUUACCGACAUGACCCUCGUGUUCGACAAGCAGUCUUCGGUUCCCAGCUCAAGCAGCGCACAGACAAUUCUCACCAACAGUUCCACCUCCCUGAACAUUCUACCAGGCAGUAUCAGUGUUGGGUCAUCAACCACAUCAGGAAGUGCUCCCCAACCCACUGCCUUCUCUCUGGCUGCCUUGCCUCUCAGUUUGGCUCUGUUAAUGGUACAGCUGCUGUCUAGCUAAUAGCCUGGGGCAUAGCUGCUGUGGCUCUGAUAGCUGCUAGGCUAGCUAAUAGCCUGGGGCAUAGCUGCUGUGGCUCUGCUAGCUGCUGGCUAACCAAUAGCCUGGGACAUAGCUGCUCUGGCAUUGGUUUAACCAAUCAACGGUUUCCCAGCUCUCAUAGAUACAGCCUUAAAGCUAGAAUCCUUAGUUGCUACACCCAUUUUUUGACUUAUAAAUUAAUUAUAUCUACCCAUUGAUUCUAGAAGAAUAUAACAUAUGAAUGCCUCAUGAGUUUAGCUCAACUGUCGUACCCCAUCAGAACCCAAAAUAUAAGCUUGUUUUACUCCAAUGUUUCUAAACAAUGCAAACAAACACUGUAUAGCUUUAAAACAUUAUUAAAACUAUAAUUCUGA